AUGUCCAAGAAUAUCACUUCACCGUCUGCGUACCUAUCUAAUGACUCUUCAUCAGAAGAGAACAAUCAAUACGCAAAGGAUAUCAUAAUACCAGCGAAACCUAAUGAUUAUGAAACUUUAUUUCGUAAAUUGGAUAUCGAAGAGACUGGUAAAAUCACAUUUCGAGAUUUUACCAAGGCAAUGAGAAAGCUAAAACAUCCAAUUAGUGAAAAUUCAGAACUAAUGAAACAAGUAUUUAACUCAUUUGAUGAAGAUCGAAAUAAGAUUAUCGAUUUCAAUGAUUUCAAAAAGUACUUGUCAACUACUGAUGAUCAAAUUUUGAAAGGAUUCAACAAGAUUGAUGAAGAUAACGAUGGAAAAUUGAAGAAAGCUGACUUUGUCAAGUACUUGAAAGAUCAUUUGAAAGUUGAUGCCAGCCAAGUUAACGUUGACUUACUUUUCAAACGAAUUGACUACAAAAACGAUGGAUAUAUUACAUACGAUGAGUUUAGAGAGUUUUUGAUAUUGAUGCCACGAUUACAUGGCUCAAGAAUACGAACGGCAUACACAUUUGUAGUGGAGAAUUUUGGUGUUAGUUCCGAUGGUGAUGUCACUUUGAUCAAUCAGUUUCUCAAUGGAUUUGGAUUCUUUUUAGCGGGUGGGUUAGCAGGAGUGGUUUCGAGAACGUGUACGGCUCCAUUUGAUAGAAUCAAGGUGUUUUUAAUUGCUAGAACUGAUUUGACAUCAACCAUACUUCACUCAAAAGAGGAAAUUGCUCGACAAAUAGCCUCUGGUGCUGAAAAACAUGUCAUUGAUCAGUUACGAGCUAAAUUGGCUCAUGCCGAAUUGGAAAAACAUCUUCAACUGACAAAAGCUACAACAUUGAGAGAAAAGACAAUUAGGUCACCAAUUGUACAAGCAGCAAGAACGCUAUGGUUACAAGGUGGGAUCAAGGCAUUUUAUGUUGGAAAUGGGUUAAAUGUGUUGAAAGUGUUUCCCGAAUCAGCCAUGAAGUUUGGUUCUUUUGAAGCAGCAAAAAGAUUCUUUGCCCGAAUUGAAGGUGUUGAUGAUGUGUCACAGAUUUCAAAAGUUUCAACUUACUUAGCUGGUGGGUUUGGUGGUGUUGUGUCACAAUUUGCCGUUUAUCCGGUGGAUACUCUCAAGUUUCGAAUGCAAUGUUCCAAAUUAGAUGGUUCAUUACAAGGGAAUGCAUUGUUGAUCCAAACUGCCAAAGAUUUGUUUCAUGAAGGAGGGUUGCGUGUGUUUUAUCGUGGUAUACUAGCCGGUGUCAGUGGUAUUUUCCCCUAUGCAGCAUUAGAUUUGGGUACGUUCCAGACAAUCAAGACAUGGUUGAUCAAAAGAGAAGCAAAAAGAUCUGGUUUAAGUGAAGACGAAGUCAAGUUGCCCAAUUACAUGGUGUUGUCAUUGGGUGCACUUUCAGGUUCGUUUGGUGCUACUGUUGUAUACCCUAUAAACUCAUUAAGAACAAGAUUACAAGCUCAAGGGACUUAUGCUCAUCCGUAUACGUAUAAUGGGUUCUUUGAUGUUUUCAAAAAGACUGUUGCCAGAGAAGGAUAUGCCGGGUUGUACAAAGGUCUAGUACCCAACUUGGCAAAAGUUGCUCCUGCUGUUUCAAUCUCAUAUUUCGUGUAUGAGAACUUGAAGAAUCUAUUUGGAUUAAGCAAUCAGGUUUAG